UUGAAGCAACCCAAGCACGCUCUCUCAUGGGAUUCGCUUCCGCUCUGCUGCUGCUCCGGCUCCGGUACACGCCGCGCUGCUCCUCUUCCACCCCCGCCCCCGCCCCCGUGUGAGUCACAGUCCGAUCCUCCCUCCAUGGUGAUGGCCAGCGCCGGCGUCAACAACAUGCCCCAGGGGGACUCCGAGGAAGGUCGCCUGCGCAGGCGCGCCCGCCUCCACGCGCGCCGCUACGCCCACCAAGCCUCCUCCGCCCCUGCCCCCGGCCCCGCCCCCGCCCCCGAGGAAGGAGGGGAAGUGCAGUCCCCGCCGCCCUCCUCCGACUCCUCCUCCUCCUCCGACUCCAAGGAGGAGGAGUCGGGCUGUGCCUCUGACGCGGUUGUUGCGGCGGCGCCCCAGCUGCUGCCCUCCAAGGACAAGGACAAGGACAAGGACAAGUCGUGGUGGAGAUGGCCCGUGUCGUUCGGGUCGGUGGCGCUGGCGGGGCGGCUGCGGGAGAUGGAGGACACGGUGUCGCUGCACCCCAGCUUGUGCGCCUGGGCCGACGGCUCGCCCAUGCACCUGUUCGCCGUCUUCGACGGACACGGCGGCCCCCACGCCGCGGCGCUGUGCAGGGAGCAGAUGCACGUCAUCCUCGCGGAGGAGCUGGCCGGCGCCGCGGCAGCCUUCAAAUUCAAUAACCGGCAGUCGGAGCAACCGGCGGCGGCGCCAUCGUCAUCAUCAUCGUCAUCGUGGGAGCAGCAGCAGCGAGAGCAAGAGUGGGAGGAGCAAGUGGCGUGGCGUGGCGCCCUGUCGAGGAGCUUCGCGCGGGCGGACGCGCGGGCGGUGUCGGCGUGCGCGUGCGGGCGCGGGAGCACUGCGAGUGUGCCCAAGUCGUGCUCGUGCCUGCAGUCGGCGGCGCAGAAAGGCGCCAUCGUGGGGUCGACGGCCGUGGUGGCGCUGCUGGUCCGCGACCGGCUCAUCGUGGCCAACUGCGGCGACUCCCGCGCCGUGCUGUCCCGGGGCGGCGUCGCCGUGCCGCUCUCCCACGACCACAAGCCUGACCGGCCGGACGAGAUGGCGCGGAUCAAGGCGGCCGGCGGCAAGGUCAUGUACAUGAACGGAGCGCGCGUCCGCGGCAUCCUCGCCAUGUCCCGAGCGCUAGGGCACAGGCUCCUGAAGCCAGAAGUGAUAUGCGAGCCAGAGAUCAGCAUAACGGAAAGGUGCGAGGACGACGACUGCCUGAUCCUCGCGAGCGACGGGCUGUGGGACGUGAUCUCCAACAAGGUGGCCUGCGACGUGGCCAGGCAAUGCCUGGAAGACGGGAGCCCGACCAGAGCUCCUGCUGCAGCUGGGAGCAGCGAAGCCGCUCCCAGCAGCGGCGGCGCCGCGCCGGUGGUUUCGCAGGAGGAAGAGCCCCGGUGCUUCCGCGCGGCGGCCCUCCUCGCGAGGCUGGCCCUCGGGAGGGAGAGCUCCGAUAACAUUAGCGUGGUGGUGGUUGAUCUCAAGGCGAGGGGUUAAUUAGCUAGCCUAGCUAGGCAGAUGAGAUCACCGUAACGGCCAUAUCCAUAUAUCAUUUGCAACUUAGACCGACUUGGCAAAUUAAUUAAGCAGCAAAAGCUCGAUCUGAGGUUUCGUUU